CAAAUCAAAUAUGGCCGCGCCCAUGAUUUGCAGACCGGUAUAGCUUUUGUUCUUGCAAUUUGACCAGGAAAGCUUUCACUCAUUAUUUUGUCAUGACUGGAUGUAACCUCUGACACAUCAUAUUGAUUUUAUCGGUAAAUUCAGUAAGGUUUUCAAUUUUCAACAAUGAUUUUCGUGUGAAAACGAAACUGAACAAAGACUUCAACCACGACUCGAACAGUUGAAUUCUACAGUAUAUCGUCAUGGACCAGAUGAUAUCCAAAGUGUCCAAGUUUGCACCAACCAACGAAUUCCUCUUACAGGGAAGCAUCAUGGAGAAUGCACACGAUGUUCUUCUCCAUCGACUUAGGGGUCUAUGUGAUAACUCGGACAGUCCUUUUGAAACAUUCACAGAUCAUGAAAUGUUUUUCUCAAUAAAAAACACAACAAUCACUCAGCCCCUUAAUUUGAGAGUCAGACAUUCACUAGUCGAACAAGACUCAUGGCAGGUGAGGUAUGCAGGUAUGGCUGAGAUGGGUGACAAGAACCGAUCGACCAUGGUGAGACAUGUCAUUGAUUGUAGUACCUCGGACAACAUUGUACAGUUUCUUAAUGAGCUGGGAUUUAGGAUGGAUCAUGAAUUUGUUAUAAAAGGGUUUUAUUUCCAUAAAGGAAGGAUGAAGGUAACGGUGUCAAAGAUUUAUAAGAUGAACGUGCCUAGUAACACAGAGAAUUUGGAGCCAUUUUCUACGUCCAGUCUGGUGGAGUUGUCUGUGGUCACCCAGCAGUCUGGCGGAGAGGGCAUUGCCGAGGACAUGAAAAGUUUCUCCGAACAACUCAAACCACUUGUACAGUUGGAGAAGGUGGACCACAGACGACUUCAGAACAUUUAGAUUUCACCGACUGCUGAGCAGUAUUAUCUCCUUACAAUGGUGGCAAAUGACACCAGAUUCUGGAAAACAAAGUUCAGGCCUUUGAAUCUACAAGGCUAAGCUUAAAUUUUCAUACUGACAUGGUAAUAUUGCUUUAUGAAAAACAUUGAUUCGAUGAAAAUAUUCUUCACCUUUGAAAUCAGGCCUCUACCAUUGGAAGUUGUACAUUGUAAAGGUUGUUGCGACAGCGAAUGUUGAUCUUCCAGUGUUGUGAAUUCAAGUGGUGGCCGAUAAUACAUGGUCAGUAAAGAAAGAAUGAUCUUGGAACAAACCUUGUUGAUUGGAAAGUUUUGCCUUCCAGAGACUGAUGUCCAGGUAGGCUUGACAGCUAUGACUCUCUAGUGUUGUAAUGUUUGUAGGAUAGCUUUCUUAUUUGAGGAGUGGUGGAUCAUAACAUGAGGUUAUCAUACUAUAAGUAUAUAUGUGGUCUAAGACAGGUGUACAUUAGUCUGUCAGGUAAUAAAAAAACUGACAAAUUAAACUACAAUGUGCUAUGAUUAAAGUGGUAUUCAAACCAACAAUUUUACAGCAAUGUCGUCGAUGAUGCAGUAAGGAUGUCUAAUCUCCAAAAAGCAUAAAAAUCUCUUUUCACCAGGAAAUGUUCCUGGUUUGCUUGGAAGAGGACCUCGGACAAUAUUGAAAAAUUGCUUCCAAUUUGUUGAGUAAUUGGAUCACCAAAUUAUGUAGUGCUGUAUAGAUAAUCCAUUUUUAUCAGAUGACUGUCCCCUACUUUGAAUCUCCUAUUGAUAGUAGAUGUUAAAUUAUAUCUAGAAGAAAGAGAAUCUGGACAUUUCAAUGGCAGCUUGUAAUAGUAGACCAUACAAUAAAUAAUUAAUACUGUUGAA